UUGUAGUAAUAUAUUAUACUCGCGCCUGCUGUGGAAUGAAUUUUUGACUGUCAUUUAAGAUAUUUUUUGUCCAGAGCUCAUCAUGAUUAAAUUUAAGAAAAUUACAACUACUAACAGGAAUUUCAUUAUAUUGUGGAUGCAAAUAGCAAGUAUGGUGCACUCAGUUCAUAGUGAUCAGUACCUAACUAUAACUGUGGACGUCAAAUCUUUAAAUUUUUCACUUAUCUAUAAUUUGUCUGAAGCAGAUUAUAACAUAUUUUAUUCAGAUCUCUGCAACGAAACAGUGAUCACUGUAAAACUUCAAUUCAAAAAUAUUAACUUGUAUUCCACAAAAGCAGAAAUAUCUAGGUAUUCAAAUUUACAUGACCAAAGUUCACCAUACGUUUGUCAGAUAGUUAAUUAUGAUUUUGUUUGUGGUAGAGAUUCAAUCCAUCAUGAGAAUUACACACAAUAUGUUUUUUCUUCUAAUGCAGCUUUGUGUGUUAAAAAAUGUAUUAAUUUUUAUGCCGAUCAAGAAUUGCAAAUAAACGCAUCAAACAAUUGGCUUACAAGUAGUAGGCAGGAAUGUCAAAUAUCAACAUCUACUUCCAGUUCAAUAAAUACGAUAGAUUCUAAAACAUCACCAAGCCCCGUCAUAAAUAGCGUGAUAACGUCAGCCUCAAACACAGAUAAUCAGCAUACAGGAGAUAAUGUUGAGGGUAAUCUGCCCUUGAUAAUAGGAUGUAGCGUAGCGGGGGCAGUUACUAUUACUGUUAUACUUAUAGUAGUGUUUGUAGUUAAGAAAAAACAGAUCAGAACGAAUAAAAAACAUUCAAGUCCAUCAACUAACCCUUACCCUAACCCUACCUUUAAUGAGUUUUUGAAAACCGAGGACGCGAGUCAAACAGUUUCUCCAAGCAACCUAAAUUAUUAUGAUAUGCGUUCAGGAAAUACAGAAAUAACAACUGAAUCUAGCGAUUUAAAAAGUAGUGCUAUUAAAAAUGACAAGAGCAGCAAUGAGCUUUAUUCUGAGACGUAUGCCCGAAAUUCUAACAAUAAUAAUGGUAGUCACAAUAAGAAGUUCAAUCCAGCACAUGACAGUGCUAACUCUACUGUUGAUCCAGUAGAAUUAAAUAAAAGUAUUUUGAGAGACAAACAGGUCGCGGCUAACAAAGCGGCCCAAGAGCCUUAUGUAGAUUUCGCGCUACCCGACCAAACAGCGAGCCUUUAUUCUAGACUAAGAGAAAGUGGGAAAGAUUUUCAAAACGUAUAUAAUGUGUCUCCAACACAAGAAAUAAAUAGACCACAAUCCAACACUUCAUCCAGCUAUGUUCUCAUGGCUAAGGAAGGAAGCGCUAUUCCUACAAGGCCCACACCUUCUUACGAAAACGUUGUUGACUAUGAUGCUGGUCAAGAUGUGUAUGCCCAAGUCAACAAACAAGGUCGAAGUAACAGGCUACAAACGAGAACGAACAGUUCCGACAGCACUGUCUUUUGAACAAAGUCUAUAUCUCCUUGUCUGGUACAAGGUUCAGCCUUCUGAUGAUUUUUUUGCAUAGAUUUCAUUACUUCACUGGCAAAUAGACAUCGACUAAAGAUCAUCGUAGACCACUAGAACAGAUUUAUCAUCUCUGAAAGAACUUUUUCAUGAAAGAUAUCUUUCCAAAACACACAUUGUCACAAACCGCUGUGAGCCCACACCCGUUUGUGUGUGUGUAGCAGAACAACCGCAGUCCACUACGGGCCUGGCUAAGGAAUGUUAACCUAGCUGACCCCUCUCCCGCCAUCAUGGCCUUGUUAUUGUGGAAAAUGUUAAGUUUGUUUACUGUUAUUUAUAUUUUAGAGCUAAUGCAAUUAUUUAUGUUUUUAAUAUAUUUUAAUUAGUUGAAUUAGAUUUAUUUUAUUAUUGGAAGGGGAAAUAAGUAUUUUUUGUGUGCUUUAAUGUUUAUUUUGUUGUGACGUGACCAGGGGACCUAGUCUACAACGAGGGCGCGGUGACCUGGGAAAUUUGGGGAAAAAGGGGUAGUUGGCGCGGCGCCUUGGAGAUAUUGGCUCUGACCAGAUCGCUGCCUACGUCAUCAUUGGUCAGAGGCCAAGGUUAUGCAUCACUGAUGAUGCAUGUGGACGUAACCACUGAGGUUAUGCGUCACUGAUGAUGCAUGUGGACGUAACCACUGUGUUGCUGUGUAGUCCACAUGGGAGGGGAAUUUGCUCUGGAAACGAACGGACAGUCGGCGUGGGUUUUGUAGAGCGGGCGGUCGCAUUUCCCGCUUCUGUUUGUCGUCCUAAUAUUGUACGAGAAAACUUAUAGAGAAUCUAACGUUCCUAGUCAUUAGAGAUCUGAGUUUAGUCGUGGCCAGUUUUGUUGAUACCUGUAUGUAAACGUUAUAUUUGGAAGAUUCUAUACUGGAUGUAAAUAAAGUUAUACGCCUACGUUUUUCUAACUAUAUUCAGGUGUUUAGUUUUAUAUCUUAAUUAUAUAGACAAACACCAAAAUCGCGACAGGGCUAAAGCCACCAAAGUUCCAGCGUCAACAGUCGGGCCUCCAGAAUCACCCUAGACCACGACCAGUUAAAGCAGGCGCCAGCACACUGCUAGCGUCUUGUGACACACAUGAUACUUAAAGACAACCUGCACAGAUUAAACCACUGUUACAUCUUAUAUAAUACAGACGUUACUUCAAAAAAAGAAGAUGAACAAAGUAGUCAUCACCUUUCUAUUAGGACUAAAACAAAAAGAUUUUAAAACUCCUUUAUCCCACUUUCGGUCAGUGUUCAAUGGGGUUGUUACGGUCGUAGCGCAGCAUGGUGUGCAUGAAUAAUGGUGCGAAUUUGUGUAAUGAAUGGAAGGGAUGUUAAAAAGGGGAAGCCGGGAGAAAGUGACGGGAAGAGAAAUGAAAUGUUCAUGUGUACAUAAAUUGUUAUAAUAUUAAAGUAUUUAUAGAGUAAAACCUGAGAGUGCAUUAUUUCGAAGAGUCUUGUGUUGUAACAUGUUACAAGGUCAUAUGUCGUCAUCGAGAAGUACAUAGAAGUCCAAUGCAUAAAGCGCUGGUUGUGAGUGUGUAUGUAUUCUUGGGUGUGAAUGUUGUUCAUAUUUGCAUCUAUAUUGUUAUUGUUACAGUAGCUACGCUGAGGUGGUCAAUUGUAGUCAAACUGAAUUUCCAUUUGAUUGGAUCAAUAAAAAAUAUCGUAUCUAAUC